UUCUAUGAAUAAACGGAGCCGCCGUCUCGGAAACAUCUCCCCCUCGCCUUCGACGCCGCAACCGUCUCCGAAGCCCUGCCGUCGAUGGAGACGGCGAGGUAGCCGCUUGGGGCAGUUCGGCGUCUUACUCCCUCAUAGUCGAGGAGGGCGGAGAUCGCGCUUUAGGGUGAAGCCUUUUGUGUGUCUUUUCUGAAAAUGGCGCUUAAAUUCGAGGUGCUAGGAAAAUUCAACAGAGCCCGUGCAGCACGAUUAGCACUUCCUCACUUUGUUUGCCAAACACCACUUUUUAUGCCUGUUGGAACUCAAGGUACAAUAAAAGGUCUGACUAAUAAUCAGUUGGAGGAGAUUGGCUGCCAAAUAAUACUUGGUAAUACCUAUCAUCUUGCUCUUCGACCUGGUGCUGAGUUGAUUGAUGACUUGGGUGGUCUUCAUAAAUUCAUGAACUGGAAGAGAGCCCUGCUUACCGACUCAGGCGGCUUUCAAAUGGUUUCUUUAUUGCAUUUGGCUGACAUUACUGAGCAGGGUGUGACAUUUCAGUCUCCUGUUGAUGCAAAGCCCAUGCUUCUGACACCUGAAGAGUCAAUACAAAUACAAAAUAAGAUUGGAGCUGAUAUCAUCAUGGCGCUUGAUGAUGUUGUGAAGACAACCAUUACUGGUCCACGCAUUGAAGAAGCUAUGUACCGUACUCUUCGUUGGAUCGAUAGAUGUAUAGUUGCUCACAAGAGACCGGAUGAACAAAACUUAUUUGGAAUUGUUCAAGGAGGACUAGAUCCAGUUCUGAGAGAUAUAUGUGUCAGAGGUUUGGUGGAUCGCAAUUUACCAGGCUAUGCUAUUGGUGGUCUUUCAGGCGGUGAAGAUAAAGACUCCUUUUGGCGUGUUGUUGCACAGUGUACUGCUGCAUUACCAGAAGAUAAACCCCGAUAUGUUAUGGGUGUUGGAUAUCCACUUGAUCUUGUAGUUUGCAGUGCUUUAGGUGCAGACAUGUAUGAUUGUGUGUAUCCUACACGAACUGCUCGUUUCGGCACAGCUCUUAUUCCUGAGGGUCUCUUGAAGUUGAAAAAUCAGGCCAUGGCCAAUGAUGAACGUCCUAUUGAUCCGACAUGUUUGUGUAUGGUUUGUAGAAAUUAUACACGAGCCUACUUACACUGCAUUGUCACGAAAGAUCCAAUGGGUUCCCAGCUAGUGUCUUAUCAUAAUUUGUCAUAUAUGAUGAGGCUAAGCAAGGACCUUCACACAUCAAUAGUCGAGGGGCGAUUUCCAGAGUUUGUACAGGGUUUUUUACGUGUGCAGUUCCCUAAGGGUGAUAUCCCAGAGUGGGUUUGCAAUGCGAUGGAGGUUGCUGGUAUUGACGUGUCGACCGGCUGUGCUCCGUAAUAACAGAGGAUUAGCUAAAAGGAUUAUGAUAGAUGAGAGGCUUAACAGAAACAAAUUAGCCUCGUAUGCAACAUAGACAUUCGUCAAUAUACAUGAAUCGUCACACCAAGAUUAUUUUGGUUGCAGCAUAACAAGUAUGCUGCUCAGAGUAUAAAAUUAGCAUCCGUGAAGUUUUGUACCAUUGGUAAUCCUUUUGUUCCAGAGUUGCUUGCACACCCUCUUUUGAAUCAUAUGAAUCCAAUUCAAAUAUAUCAGUUUAUAUUUUGCGAUUUCUCAGGUAAUUGUGGUAGAACAAGCUAACUUGUUUCAUAUGACAAAUGGAGCAAAUGAAAAUGGAAAAACUGCAUGUGGAAUAUUUAGAACUAAGAUGAGAAGUAGAGUCAUGGAUAAGUAGUAAUUAAUCUUGAUAAUAAUAAAUUAAUAAAUUUAUAUAGUAGGUUUGGCUCAUAAUAAUAUUUUACAGCAUAAACAAAAUAUUUUCUCUUGCACCUCUUAUUAUAAUAAUACUGACUAUGAUCAUUUUCUUUUCCCUCAUCGAAUGUAUCUUCUACACAUUAGCGGCACAAUUCGAUUGAUCCGACAAGAAGAGUCAUCGAGGCAGAUGGAAGUGACAACUCAGUCCGGCCCAUGUGUAGAAUCCUGAACCGUCAAUCAUAACCGCUCAUCUUAAGACGGACGGUAUCAACUGCCGUAUAUAGGUCCGCUGAUCUUUUGAACGGCUAAGAUCGCAUCAUUCCAUGAAUACAGUGGGAGCCACCGUCUCGUAAACAUCGACUCCUUUCGCGCCGCAAGAGACUCCAUCAAAACCGAUUCAUCUUAAGACGAAUGGUGACAACUGCCAGAUAUAGAUAGGUACGCCGACCUUUUGAACGGCCAAGAUCAGGUCAUUCUGUGAAUAAACGGUGCCGCUGUCUCGACAACAGUCCUUCCUCGCCUUGCACGUCACGAGCGACUCCGGAAGUCCAAAGCCCUUCCUUCCGUGUAUGCGGACGGGGAGAUAGCCGCCUGAGGCGUUUCGGCGUCUGACUCCCAGGGCGGAGAUCGCGAUCUAGUGGGAUGUUGGUAUAUUUGUAUCCUUUUGUUCUACCUCCACAAUGCCAACGAAAGUAAAUCUUGAUCUGCCUGUUCUUCUUGGUCGCUGAAACAAACCGCCUUAAUCCUGGCCGUGGUGGUGACUUCUUUAAAUGAAAAAGGUUGGUUCAAGAUGUGAACAAAUACGAUGACAUGUUGGGUGAAGCCCUUUUGUGCGUGUUUUCUGAAAAUGGCACUUGAGUUCGAGGUGAUAGGAAAAUUCAACAUUGUAUUCUACAGUUUUUAUGCCUGUUGGAACUCAAGCCACGCACCUACGGACUGCUCGUUUCAUCGCAGCUCUUAUUCCUGAGGUUUGUAGAAAUUAUACACGAGUGACGAGCCUACUUACACUGCAUUGUGACGAAAGAUCCAAUGGGCUCCCAGCUAGUGUCUUAUCAUAAUUUGUCAUAUAUGAUGAGGGUAAAAUCUCUAGCUUGUGUCGAAGCUGACAUGCCCUUAUAAAGAAUUACCAGGUUUAUCCGCAUUGAUCCUUUUUGAAGUUAGUUGCCAGCAAUUAUUAUCUUGUAAUCCAUCUUUCUACAGCUAAGCAAUUAUUAUCCGCAUUGAUUUCCAGGGUAUGGUGAUUUUGUAUUUUUAAUAAUAUGUUCAAUUUAAUUCUUAA